GUCGGCAUUCACCACACAUCAAUUCCAUUCAUUCAUUCUCACACAGACAGACCACCGAGACACCACACCCAACACCCGAACGAACAGCCUUCCAGAGCAGCACCCCAUCUGUUUGUCCGUCGUCAAUAAUCAAUCAGCAAAGACGGCUGCCGACUGCUUGACGUGUUCUGGUAUCUUGCUCCUCAGCCACAUUUCCCUCUCGUGUGGCGUCUUGAGCCCCUCCCAGUCAGCAAAGCUCACCGACACAACCUGCCACCCCAGCUGCUGCAGCAACCGGUGCUUGAACAACGUCGAGCCAUCCUGCUCAAGCCUCAGCACAUCGGGAUGCGACUCGUGGUCUGCUGCCGCCGCGGCGUCGCUGUCGUCGAGUACAGUAAGGAAAUGCAGAGGGCCGUCGACCUCUAGAGCCACCGGGAGCUCCACCUUGUGGUCCUCAACCGACCCCUGGGAGGGGCUGGUGAGAGCGAUGUCGAUCAGCACGCCCUCCUUGGUGCGGUAUUCGUAGGUGUGGGGCAGCGCCAGGCGGUCCAGCGUCUUGGCAACCUCCCACUGGAACGAUGACUUGAGGGGCUUCGUGUCUUGCCGCAGCUCACGGCCCCACUGCUGCAGCACAUCCGCCGUCAGGCUGGUCUCCAUCGUCGCCUCACGCCCCCUCCCCGCCACAUAGGCCACGAAGCACCAGUACAGCUGCGCCACCGUCUGCUGACCCAGCGGCUCACCGAUCUGUCGAGCCUUCUCGAUCUCAGCGGGCCAGUCGAUGCCAUAGAAGCGGGCAAAGAGGGCCUCUGGGUAGAGGUCAAGCACCAACAGCGUCCACAUGAGCAGAGUCAUCAUGGGAUAGAGGGAGGGGGUGUCGAGCUCAGACCACCGGUCAGCGAUGUGCCGCACGCAGGCAGACAGGAAGUCGGCGGGCUGGAUGGCACCAUGGUAAGCAGGUGGUGGUGGGGACUUGGAGUAGUUGAGGAUGGCAAGGGCAUACAGGAUGUAGACGAGAUCGGUCAGCUGCAUGUCGCCUUCAUCCAGCCUCUGGACAAGCAGGUAGGUACCAAGACACACGCAUCAACAGACUGAGUGUCGUGUUGCGCUGUGUGUGAGUGUGCCUGAGCGGACCUGUUGGAUGACUCGGACGCUGCCGUGCAUGAGCCGCACAGGCUUCAGCCGCAGUGUGGCGCACUGGUUCAGCCAUGACGACAGGUCGCGUGUCGGCAGCCCCACGAUGAAGUCGUGACCCCACUCCACCACUUCACCAACCAGCGCAUGAUACUCGCGAGGGAAAUACCCGAUGCUGCCGAAGCAACCCACUGAAGCAACACCGUUGCAGCACAAUCGGCCUUGAUCAAUCUGUAUGUAAUUUCUGCUUAUCUGCUUACAGAUGAAGAGAAUGAGCUGCAUGUCGCUCUCCGCUUGGCCGCGCUUUGCAAAGGGCUGUGUGGUCGGCGGCCCGCCGGCCUUGAGCUGGCGAAAGGUCUCUCUGAAGGCCGCCAGGACGGCUGACAGCACCACCGAGGCCUCUCGAUGAAUCUUUGCCACGUCGCGGUCGUGCAAACUCUGACAUACAUCACACACAGAGAGCAAGAGAGACGCCACGCCACGCCACGCCACCCACAGAAAUCAAGUGCACCCGCCACACCCAAUUCGCCUGUCCCUUCCUCCGUCGCUCACCAGAGCUGACGAGAUGCCCUGCAUAAGCAGCUUGAGAUGACGCAGCUCCACCCGCCUCGCCCCCUCCCCCUUCAGCCGUGACACUAUGACGCCACCCACGCCAUCCGGAUCGACAAGCGUCAUAGCGAACGAAUCCACCACACCGGACCCCUUCUCCCCCGCCUCAGCAGCUGCUGCCUUGCCGAGGACGUAGCAACAUCUAGCCAGCUGCAGGUUGGUCAGCGUUUCCCGCUUGGCCAUGAUGCCGUCGGGGAGACGGCGGAAGAAGCUGCCCUCGCAGCCGUUGCUGACGUUCCAUGCUCCCAGGUUCAGGAGGGACUCAGCGGUGAUGGUCAUGUCUGACUCAUACAUGGUCUCUGCGUGGGCAGCUGCCAGCUUGUCGAGCAUCCGGAUGACCUCUGGAGAGACUGGUGCUGGCUCUUGAGGAUCAAGAUGGAACCCAUGUAUAUGUGAAUUCGGACGCCUCUGACGACGGAAAGCCGCAAUCACCAAGUGCUUCAGAUGGCCCCACUCUGUUGGGCUCCGAUCAGCCGCCAGACGUGUGCCGUUGCCCUCGACGACAGUUUGGCCCAGCCGCACCACCUGUUUGUCCAGCACAGCCCACAGCGUUCCAAUCGCCUCACAGAGGUCAUCCCGGUGGUAUCGAAUCGCCGAGAAACUCCGCGCCAGCUGGCCGAGGUCCGUCAACGAAAGUCGCUCCACCUCAUGAGGCAAGAAACGCACCGCGCAUUUGCGGAACAGGGGGCGCACCAGCUCCCUGUUAGCCUGCCUCUCCUUGUCCUGUCCUCCGAGGUAAUUGCCGGCCUCCGCCAGGCCGGGGAGGAUGCGCAGCAUCUCGGGAAAGCCGUACGAACCAAAGUCCCUUUCAAUGAUCUUGACGCAGUGGUCCACCAGCCCCUUGGGCAGGGUGCGAACGAUGCGCCACUCGUAGAAGAUGCGAAUCGCAAGCCACAGAAGGACCAUGUCAGGGGGGGUUAGCAGAGGGCGGCCGUCAUGCUCAGUGUCCGCCUGGCUGAGCAGCUGCUCCAGCUCGGCGAGUUGCGUCCGCACCUUCCUGGCAAUCCCAUGGUCGGAUUUCCUCUGAUGGAUGACCGACUUGCUCAUCGCUCUCAGAUGAUGCACACAGCGGGAAGCACGGAUCUCGCCGAGGAAGCGCUGAGAAAGCACGAGGCUGGCUGCCGCCUCUCGCGAUGGCUGCUUGGGUGUCCUCAAGUCCACUGUAGAGAGCUGCGGGGCCUUCCUAUGCACUGACAGCGGUCGCCUCUUCCUUGGCAGCGACGAGGGUGCUGGCUGAUGAGCGCUAAACCACGGCCGCGUGUUUCUCAGCUUGGUCCUCUGACCGAGCCUGAGGUGAAAACACUUCGCUGUGCCCUCACAAAGUCUGAAUUCGCUCGAAUCUUGGAAAAACGUUGGGCUCAUGCUCGCGUCCCUAGCUUGCCUGCUACUCCCUCUCUCCCCCCGCCUAUCUCUCUAACGGCUCAGGCAGUGUCUUUGCUUCCAUGGCGUUCUUAUGC